GCAGGUGCGAUAAGGAUUUAUAGCAGGUACCGCGAUGAUUCUUCGCGUCUCGACUCCUCAUUGUGGAUUAGGACUUUGACUUUGGUGGACGUUUGUCGUUCGUUUUCUCUUGCAGAAGCCAAACUCUGUGAACGCGAAACAGUUUUUUUUUCUUUUGAAAUUUUCAUGUGCGUCAACCGCCAACGGCAAUAAAAGUUUGUAUUAAGCAGAGACUGUUUUGAAUCUUGGCACGUGUUUCACAGGAAAAUCAAUUAUAGUGGCGGGAGCAGCAAGGAAAAGUACAGAAGUUUAUCGGGGUGUAGAUGAGUGAUUGUGAGUUGACGGUAUCGAUUAACUGAUAAGAGCUUUGUUUUUGCGAGCUAAGCCAGACGAAUGCGACAAUGUUCUAAAGACGCUCAGCUGAGCUGAGUCCGAGGGCUGAACGAGUGAACGAGCGUGAAAAGGCACGAUGCGAAAGAACUUGAACAGCAGGUCGUCGGCGGAGUCAAGUUCGGUGGCGCGUGGUUCGUCCAUUCAAAAUAGAAGAAUUGAUAAGGAUUUGAGCUGAGAUAACUCUCAACGGACGGAACGGGAAGUGAUUAAGUCAUACGGCUUAGUCCGCCAUGACAGGGGCUGGUGGGGGUGGGGCGAAGCUACCGUUGACUGUGUUUAUCACCCUGAUUGGGUUAAGCUUCCUGCAAUUGUUUUUGGUGCUAUGUUUGAGUUCCGACCUCGGUGGGGCCGCCCAGGGCACGGUCAGUGAAGAUGUGACGAACGUCAGACAAAAGCUGUCAGCUCUACUGGGGCUGCCACCGGUGUCCAACGAGUAUCCACUUAAGGCACAACUUCCGGUGGACCACAACCAGCAGCUGCGGUUCAAAGCCGCGGUGAACGCACUUCGACCCUUGGUUCGAACCAACGACGAACAGCUGUUGGAAGCAAUACGGGAUGAAAUCAUCAAAGCUAAAAUAACCUCAGCAUCGAGUCCAGACGAAGCCGAACCGGAAUGCAUUCUAGGACGAGCUCAUCAUUACCUAGCUCACUGGUUGAACGUCAACGGAUCGAUCAACACGGCCAACACAGCACUACGAGGAAAAUACCUGGAUCUGUCGAACAACGUGUUUCUCAAUCUGUACAACCAUAUCAAACCGUUUUUAAGGGUCACCGACAAUAAGAAACUUGUCUACCUUUCCAUGGCAAACAGUGGCAUCAACAGCAUUCCCUCAUUCGAGCUGACCUUAGUCAAUGAAACUUUGGCUUACUUUUCCCUUAUGGGCAAUACACUAACUUCGUCAUUCGCCCUUCCUGAGCUGAAGAAUCUUCUCGUGCUGGACGUUCGCCGUUGCAACCUUUUCUAUCUCCCAAACAACGCAUUCGCCAACACUCCAAACCUGGAAAAGCUGUUCCUCGCUCACAACUCGUUGAUCAAACUGCGUUCAACGCACUUUACCGGUCUCUUCAAGCUUCGCCACCUGGAUCUGUCGUACAUCACGCAGUACCGGUACUCCAGCCUGUCCGGCUAUGGCGAACAGGAUCCGUACACCUCGCUGACCGAGGGAUUAGAGCUCGAGGACAGCUUGUUUGAUGGGCUGGGGAACUUGAGCUUUUUGGACUUGUCGCACACGAAGCUGUUGACGAGCAGUGCCAGGGCGUUCCAGCAUCUGACGGUGAAGCAGCUGAGCUUGUGCUACACGGGGAUUCCGAUUUUGGUGGGUACGAUGAUGCGAGGGACGCUGCAGGUGCUGGAUAUUUCCGGGAAUCCGGGGAUUGCUUCGGCUAUUCAUCACGAUAAAACAGACGCCAGAGGGUUCAAUGGCAAUUUGGAGAUUUUGGUUUGCGAGAACUCGACCGUGAAGCACUUGAGCUGGCUCAGUGGGAUGACCAACUUGAGAGUGCUGAUGCUUGCUUCGAACAAUAUCAAUCAGCUGACGAAUAAUUCGUUUGCCAGCAUGGCUAAUCUGGAGAUUCUGGAUUUGAGCAGUAAUCACAUUAGCAAUUGGCACCAGCGGGUUUUUGAAGCGAACCCAAACAUUUACAUACUGGACCUGUCCGAUAACAACAUCAACGUACUGACGAACGAAAUGCUGUACGACUUUGCAAAUGUUCAGUUUCUGGCGAUUGGUCAGAACAACUUCGUUUGCCACUGCCUUUGGCGAGAAUUCAUAGAAUUGGCCGCGAAAAACGCACAGAGCAUAACUUGCCUGCUGAACAGCAUCCUGAGCCAACUCUCGGAUCCAUCCAAGGCACAAGAUGAUGAGGACGAAAAUGCCGGCAAUUCGAGUGAAACAACAACAAUCAAAUCAUUACCCGACAGAGAUUUCUCACUCAUCGAGAGAAUACCAAUCACGGAGGAACCCCCGCUGGAAAUGCUGGAAGUCUCCACCAACGAGUACAACGUUCUGUUCCGUGUGGUUCACAGCUACGUUUCAACGAUUUACGACAGCAGUGAAAAGUUCCUGACCUCGAUGGAGAAGUACAACCUGGGCAGGGCACCCCUUCGAGUUUACCGCAAAAUGGUCGAAGCACGGGUCAAUGCACGCUUCCGAUCGAACAUCUGCAGCGAAGAGCCCGCCUCGCCAACCGAUCCGUCCACCACGACUACGAUCGCCACCGAAGAAGACGUCAACCCGCUGAACGGACUAAAGAUCCAAAUCAUAGACUUUGACGAAGAUCACUACAAGUGCAUAGAUCUGGACGAUUCCGAGUUCUACCUGUUCGAGCAGGAACGGUGCACCUUCGACAGAUCCUUGCUGCCCAGUCUCAAUCUACCCACCUACAACGGCACAACGGCCAACAUUAUUAAAUUUACCCUAAUAUUCUUCGGCUUUGCACUUAUCGCCUUUAUCAUCUAUAUCUCCAAGUGGGAUCACGUCAAGUACUUUUGCAUUAUCGUCCGGAAUGCAACCAUCUUGAGUAUGAUGAAGCACAAAAACGAAUCGAUGCUGAACGGACGGAAGGAAAGCCUUACGUCGGUGGUUAGCGGGGGCUACAUGUACGAUGUGUUUGUGAGCUACUCGGAGCAGGAUCGGCAGUGGGUGCUGGACGAACUGCUGCCGAACAUGGAAAAGACCGAGGACAUUAACGUGUGUUUGCACGAGCGGGACUUUGAGGUUGGCGUCAGUAUCCUGGAAAACAUAAUCCAUUCCAUGGACAAAUCCCGAACCCUCCUACUAGUCAUAUCGGAGGCCUUCCUGCUCAGCCAGUGGUGCCAGUUUGAGAUGCAUCUCGCUCAGCACAGACUCCUGGAAACUCGCCGCGACCAGCUGAUUCUGGUGCUGCUGGAGGAAAUACCUCGCUCGAAGCGCCCCAAAACGCUUCACUACCUGAUGAAAACAAACACGUACAUCGUUUGGCCACACCCGGAGCCGGAAGUCAAGCCCUCAGCCAAGAGUAAACGUGCCGACGCGAAGAAGAUUGCCACGCGGAAAGAGAAGAGCGCCCAGGCGCUGGUCGAAGAACGGCGGCUGUUUUGGAAGCGACUACGGAAGGCGAUCACCGGCGAUGUCGUCUGGGAACCGGACAUUGGAGGGGGUGGUGGAAGCGAGGGUGGUGGUGGUGGUGGUGUUAGUAGUAAGGUUAAAGUUCCUCCCGAGAGUUCGUGCUGAAGGUGUAAUGUAAAUAGAGUUUAAUAAAUCCGCUUUCAAGGCAAUAAACUGUGAUAUGAA